CAAUAUCAAAAAAGCCUGUUCCAGAGAAACCAUUAAACUUCCAGUCACCCUUGCCAUGAUACGCGGAAACAUACUCCUUUGUUUUUUGGUAUUCGCAUGCGAAACAUCAUCAUCAUCACCAUCAUCACCAUCAACUACCACAUUAUCGUCUUCAUUAUUAUCGUCCUCAUCAUUAUCGUCCUUAUCAUCAAUCUUGCUAUGGACAUAAGCGACGGUCUGGAGAAGAUGCGAGCGAUUGAAGGAGAGACGAAUGUUAUCCAUCGUCAAAUAUCCCAUCUGAAGCUUAGAUUGAAAAAUCUAUUUACAUGACAAAAAAAAAAGCUCAAGAAUGUUCAAUAAUGAGAGAUCGACAUGGUGUACGAAGAGUAAAAUUGGAAGGUAAGGGAGACAGACGCCAGCGCCACUCCCCC